AUGCCGAGCAAGACCAGCCACGAUACCCAGAACCACACCCCCCGUGAGGAUUCCUCCAGAAAGAAGCCUUUGGUUGAGGGGAAUCUCCAAGAGGAGGUGGAGCGCCUUCGUGCCAGUAUGGCCAAGAUGACGGAGAACUACGACCAUCUUCGUACCAAGAAUGUCGAGAUGGAGCAUGAUUGUAGCGCUGUUGAUUCAAUUCCUAACAACUAA